UGAAGUGUCAGUAACAGUGAUGGUGGGAGAUUCAAUCACUCUACAUGUUACUGAAAUACCGAGAGGAAGUAACAUAAUAUGGAAGUUUGGUGAUGAAAUCAUUGCUAGAAUGAAUGAAGCAGAUAGAAAUCCCUCUACAAAUGAGGGCCCUGGUGCGAUAUUCAAAGACAGACUGAAGCUGGACGAGACUGGAUCUCUGACCAUCACAAACAUCAGAACUGAACACAAUGGACAUUAUAGUGUAGACAUCAGGAGCACAAAUGCAGAACUGAAGACAUUUCAAGUUACUGUCCAUGAUGAAAUGAAGAUCGUGUCAGUGAAGGAAGGAGAAUCUGUCACUCUGCGCACUGGUGCUGUUGACAUACAGGCAUUUGAUCUGAUAUUGUGGGAGUAUGAAGACCAUCCCAUGGCUAAAAUAGAUAGAACAUUACAUCAGCUCCCAAAAAACAGUGUUAGUUCAAGGUUUGCAGGCAGACUGUCUCAAAAUGAAAAUAAUGGAUAUCUAACUAUUAGUGAUUCCAGAAGCACAGACUCUGGAGAUUAUCAUCUAAACAUGAACAACACCGCAUUCACCUUACAGAGGACCAUCAGAGUUACUGUCAAGGCUUCACCUCAGUCAGGUGCUCCGUCAGGGAUAUGUGGUGCUGGUGUUGGUCUGGUGGUUUGGGUUGUAACUGCUUUUUUUGCUGCAAGAUUUGUAGACAACCGAGGCAAAGGUGUUUCAGUGAAUAUAAAGUGAAUCACUCUCAGGAUCAGCAUGAAAAAUGAAGAGAAACAACAAUUUAUAAUCACUGUAACAAUAGGAACUUAGGCUUUGCAUGACAUAAUAAUCAGUGUUUAAUUGUAUGCAUUUCUAUCUAUCUAUCUAUCUAUCUAUCUAUCUAUCUAUCUAUCUAUCUAUCUAUCUAUCUAUCUAUCUAUCUAUCUAUCUAUCUAUAUAUAUCAUUGUGCAUUCUAAUGAAUCUCAGUCAAACUGCAGUUGGGUUAUUUUGAUUAGGUUAGAAAACUAAUAAAA